ACCUUAUUGAAGUCAUUUUUCAUAAUCGACGGAGGUGCCCAUCAUGAAGACCACUUGGAAAGAUAUUCCUCCGGUGCCCACCAGCCAGGAAUUCCUGGAUAUUGUCCUCAGUCGUACACAGCGGCAGUUGCCCACUCAGAUUCGUGCAGGCUUCAAGAUCAGUCGUAUUCGAGGCUUCUACACUCGAAAGGUCAAGUACACUCAAGAAACAUUCGGCGAAAAAUUCCAAGCGAUCCUGGAUGGAUUUCCCCGGUUGCAGGACAUCCACCCUUUCCAUAAGGAUUUGAUGAAUACACUUUACGAUGCCGACCAUUUCAGAAUCGCCCUCGGUCAGGUCUCGACCGCCAAGCACCUGAUUGAAACCGUAUCCCGCGACUAUGUUCGCCUCAUCAAAUAUGCUCAGUCUCUCUUCCAGUGCAAGCAGCUCAAACGCGCUGCCCUCGGUCGCAUGGCCACCAUUUGCCGACGUCUUAAGGACCCCCUCGUUUACCUGGAGCAAGUCCGACAACAUUUAGGCCGUCUGCCGUCGAUUGAUCCCAACACCAGAACUCUUCUGAUCUGUGGAUACCCCAACGUCGGAAAGUCUAGCUUUUUGCGCAGCAUUACCCGCGCCGACGUCGACGUUCAGCCUUAUGCCUUCACAACCAAGAGUUUGUUUGUCGGUCAUUUCGACUACAAGUACCUCCGAUUUCAAGCCAUCGAUACCCCCGGUAUCCUUGACCAUCCUCUGGAAGAGAUGAACACCAUUGAAAUGCAGUCUAUUACUGCCAUUGCGCACUUGCGGUCUGCUGUGAUGUACUUUAUGGAUCUUUCCGAGCAGUGUGGCUACUCUGUUGCCGACCAGAUCAAGCUUUUCCACUCUAUCCGACCUCUGUUUGCCAACAAGAUCGUUUUUGUAGUGGUGAACAAGAUCGACGUCCGACGACCGGAAGAUCUCGAGCCUGAGCUCCAAGAACAGAUGCAAAGCAUGCUGAAGACAGGAGAUGUUGAGCUUUUGCAGCUUUCGUGCACCACUACUGAAGGUGUCACUAACGUGAAAAACGCUGCCUGCGACAAGCUCCUAGCGGAGAGAGUGGCACAGAAGCUCAAGUCUGGAACGAACAGCACCGGUACUCCUGGUGGCAGACUCGGCGAUGUUCUUGCGCGUAUCCACGUUGCCCAGCCUAUGGGUGGGGCUCAGCUGGAGACAUUCAUCCCCGAUGCCGUCAAGAACCUCAAGAAAUACGACAAGAACGAUCCCAACCGGAAGAGACUGGAGCGGGAUAUUGAGGAGGAAAACGGCGGUGCUGGUGUCUACAAUGUCGAUCUCAAGAAGAGUUACACUCUCGCCGACGAUGAAUGGAAACAUGAUAAGAUUCCAGAAGUGUGGAACGGCAAGAACAUUUACGAUUACGUGGAUCCUGAUAUCGAGGCUAAGCUCGCCGCUCUGGAGGAAGAGGAGGAGAAACUGGAGGCCGAUGGCUACUAUGACUCAGACGAGAGCGUCGAAGACGCCGAGGACGCCGACGUCCGCAUGAAGGCUGAUCUCAUCCGUGAGAAGCGCACCCUGAUGCGUAACGAGGCCAAGCUCCGCAAGUCGCUCAAGAACCGCGCGGCAAUCCCCCGCAGCGCCAAAGCCAAGAAGCUCUCCCAGAUGGAGCAGGGCUUGGACGCAGCCGGCUACGACCCGGAGGCUGCUGUCUCCCGUGUCCGUUCCCAGAGCCAGGUUCGUGGCCGUACGACGACACGCAGCGAGGUCGAGGACGGCGACGCAAUGGACAUCGACCCCUCCGAUCCCCGCCAGGCGAUCGCUCGGGCCAAGGGCCGCGCUCGCAGCCAGGCUGCUACGAACCGUCUGCAGGAUGGUGUUACCGACGAGACUGCCAGAUCCAAGGCCGAACGCCUCGCCAAGCUCGGCCAGAAGAAGAUGAACCGCAUGGCCAGACAGGGAGAAGCCGAUCGCCACCAGACCGUUUCCCUUACGAAGCACCUGGUCGCCGGCAAACGUGGGCUGGGCAAGACACAACGUCGUUAAACCCUGUCUGUGUCUGUGCCUUUCGUCCUAUCUUGCUUGCCGCUACGAUACCGAUGCUAUGCUCCACUUUUUCUUCUAAUACUUUUACACCCGUAGUACAGUCCAGCUCACAGUCCUCAUCCUACAUACUCGUUAUGAUUAUGGUGUCUAAAAAUCACACGGC